AUAAACGAAGAUUUUCAUUGUGGAUUACUGCAAGUUCUGAUUGUAGUCCUGGGGGAAUGGAAAAUGUGCCAUUGAUUCAUCAUGCACCAGACAAGCUUGCAAAUGAAAGAACAUUUCGAGGGAAGUUUGUGGAGGACACACUUGUUUAUAGGCAGAUUUUCCUUGUCGGGUCUUACCAAACUGGAUCAGAUAAAACUAUCACCAUGGAGGCACUCAUGAAUUUUCUUCAGGAAACUGCUAUAAGGCAAGGCAGCAGCAUUUGGGGAAGUCAGAACGAUUUUGGAGAAACUCGGGAAAUGAAGCUUCGCAAACUCAUUUGGAUUGUGACUCGUAUUCAGGUUCAAGUACAGAGAUAUAGCAAACGGGGGGAUGAAAUUGAAGUUGAUACUUGGUUUGAUACUGCGGGAAAGAAUUUAACGCGCAUAAAUUGGAUAAUAAGGGAUCAUUAUACCAAAGAGAUCAUAGCAAAAGCAACCAGCACUUGGGCGUUCAUGAAUAGAGAAACAAGAAGAUUGUCCAAGAUACCUGAUGAAGUUAGACAAGAACUUAAUCCUUUCUGCUUUAAUAGGCAUGCCAUUUCCUCUGAAGAAAUAGAUCAUCAGAAGAUACCAAAGGUUACUGAUGCCAAUGCUGAGACAUUUCGCUAUGGGAUGGCUCCAACGUGGAAUGACAUCGAUGCAAACCAGCAUGUUAACAAUUCUAAAUACAUCAGAUGGAUCUUAGAGAGCGUGACAAGAGAAGUAUUAGAAAAUUAUAAAUUGACAAGCAUGACAAUAGAGUUUCGGCGUGAAUGUAGGCAUUCAGAUGUGUUGGAAUCACUGACUUGUUCAUCAUCCACCGUCGUUGGUGACUCUAAUAAUAACAGAAAACCCGAUCUGCAAUAUAUACAUCUGCUUCGUCUACAAGACAGUAAAGCGGAGUUGGUCCGAGCCAAAACAGAAUGGCAUCUUAAGCAAAAGAACCAGUGAUCGAUGAUUACAAAAGAUUUACGAAUAAUUGUGAGAAAAUCCAGCUGCUACACGUACACAAUUAAAAAUCAUGACAUAUACAUAUAUACCAAGGAAGCAUAUGUGAAACCAAUACUGCUGCAACUUUCUGGUCCGAUAUUUGAACAUUUUAGUCAA